GACAAAACACUAGACAGAAUUCAGAUUUACAGAUCUCGUUUUAUUUCAAACAGACCUUUACACACAAGAUGCACGGCAAGAGUGUGAUUCUCCAUAGCUCUGGAACCCUGUCUGCAGCUGAACUGGCCUGCCAGGUAUUUGAGAAGGAUGAGGCCCGGAAGGAAUCAUUCAAUGUUGAAUGGAAAGACUUGUCACUUACCUCAAGGCCUGAAGAAGGCUGCUCUCACUCUGAGGUGGACAAUCAGCACAAAGAAACCUACCACCAACAACAGGAGGCUUGGGCCAUAGUUCAGCGAUCACCAUGGGGUAUCCUCCGUCUAGGUCUGCUGGGUGAACCUCUCGUCUCUUACCAUCUGCCUUAUCAGCGAGCUCUGCCUUUGCCCAUCUUCACACCAGGCAAGCUAAGCACCAAGUCUGAACGGGAGCUGACACCAACUCCAUCAGAGUCAGUGGAGUCUCUGCCAGUCACAGGUGUCUGCCCUGACAAGAAACCUGUGUUUGAGAUCACCAAAGAGUUGCCUCUUGUUGUCCAGCCCACCUGCCCCGACUUCAAAAAAGCUGGCCUGCGCCGUUCACUGUCCCGCUCUAUGUCUCAGGAGGCCCAGAGAGGCUGAGGCAACUCAACAAUUCUCCUAUUUGGGAUUGGUUUGGGCCAAUGUGCCUAUUGCUGCAUGAGGACAAUCUGAAGGGGCCCAGAUAUAUAGAAAAGACUUUGUAGGAUUGAACUUUGGAUGGCCUUCUUUUUCCGGGAUGGGGAGGGGGGAGGGGGCAAGGAUGUGGGAUGUCUUUGUGUAUAUAUAUAAUUAGAUAUAUAAUGUUACAUAUUUCUAUGACCACUGCUUAUUUUUCUGCAUUGUUCUUUCUUUCUUCUUCUUUUGUUUAAUGUUUUAACUGGAGAAGUAAGGAAGAUCUACAUGAAUAAAGGAGAAAAAGAAAAGCAGCCCUCCCUUUGUGCAAGGUGAUUGACAUAAUUGCCUAAAAUUACAGUGAAAAAUGAAUUUGUAAAACGGCUGAUCAAGACGAUAAGAAUUAACAGUUUCUGAGUUUAGAAAGUGAGAGCUAUGCUGGGGUUAUUCUUGAGCACAGGAAAAUGGUGCUUAAUGGUGUAGUAAGUGAAAGAAUUUGGAGGAAAUUGUUGGCCUUCUUGGUCGAGUUUUAGGAGGGAACUAUGCAGCAUUUAGGAUAGGAGCUAUCUUCUAGGAUCCUAUUCUGAUAUUCCUUCCCUAGUUUUGUGACUUAGGAUAUCAGAAACCCAUGGAAAUGUCCCAGUCAGUGAACAUAUGCGAUGAAAGACGUGAGUAAGUAUACCUCAGGAAAGUGAUGAAUGAAGGUUGACUUAAGAGAUUUAGAGAAAGGGUAGGAAAUGGAUUUAAUUUAUAAAGAACAGAUUUGGUCUUUCACCUCCUUGUCCCUUCCAUGUACAAGUAGUUGAGGAGGAAGAAAGAUUCCACUGUCAAUUUUUCCUAGUGCCUUCUAUUUCUUGUCUUGUUUUCUUUUAAAUAAAAUGAUACAUGGAUUUCUCUUGAUUGUGUUCUAAAGGAUUAAUGAAAUAAAAAUAAAAUGAUGGAA